GUGUGACGGGGUAGUAGAGAAAGUGAGAGGAAAGUUCGGGAGGAAGGGAAACGGGAUGGGAGACAGGGCAGUGGUAGCUGCACGGGUGAUAGAGGUUCAGGGGUUUCCCUUUCCCCUGUGGGAAGGAGCAGAGAGCAGAGUUAAGCACCAUCAGUUGCAGCCAAUUCUAACUGCCAGGCCCUUAGCUUUUAAUGUGGUGGGAAGGGCAGAAGAGAAUCAUCAUGUGAGUUUGGAGAAUAGGGGUCGGAUGAGGGUUCAACUGGAUUUGCUUACCAAAGGCUCCCUAGUUUACUGCUCCCUUGUUUUUGCUGCUUACAAUAAGAGGGAAAAAUGAGGAAGCUGGUGUCUUCCAAGUGUGGAAGGAAUAAAGGACUUUUCUGGUUUUUAGCAAUUAGUAAUGCAAGACUGGGGAAACAGCCAUGGCUACGUUGGAGCCCUAUAUGCUAAGCUGGAGCUCUGGAAAGUAUUAGGAAGGGAACAGAAAAGACAGGAUGGCAACUAGGCAGCCAGGCUAAUUAAGUGAAUGUUGUAGUUUCCAGACUCGUCUUUUACUGUUUAAGUGCUAGGAGGGAGGGGUCAAUAUGCAUCUAUAGAAAAAUGUUCCCUAGUGAAAUGUGGAUGUAUGAGUAGAUGCUUCUCCAGUGGAUAUUUUGUUCUCACUAUGGAAUAGGUAAGGGAAAGAGUGAAGGUAGAAUGUGGAGUUUAAUUCUGGUCUAAUAAGUGAAGUGAUGGGAAGAACCAUUCCUGUUUUGACUGUAACCACUUUUCUCCCAGUCGUUUGGAAGAUUGAAGCCAAUAUUCAUAAUAUAACAAAAUAGUUGGGUCUCAUAAAGAAUUGACGAAGGUGAGAAGGUGUCAGAGGGUAAUUUGUUUCACCAGAAGUUGUUGAAUUUGGGUCCUUCUGGCCAUGAGCCAUUGAGAUUGGACAUUCUUGGAGUUGGUAUUUUGUGAAUUGACUAAUAGUGAGUUGGAGAAUACUGGGGCCUUUGUUUGGGGUGAGUUCUCUCAUGUAGCUUUGAGUGGAUCAUUUCAAUCGAAAUGACUUUAUGGCUGACUGUGUUUUUGCAGCUGAGAUGGACUAACUCUUUGGGCCGUUGAGGUUUCAAAAUAAAGCUUGAAGAUUGACUUUUCCCCCUCUUAUUAUUUUUUUGUUUGUUUUGCUGCUGGAUUUGAACCUUGUGCUAGGAAGAGACCUGGGAAGUUAAGUUCCUUGCAGAGUGGGGACUACAGCUACUGAGCAGGGAUUCUGGAAAGCUUUGUGCACCUGAGCCCCCAGCAUGGCGGGCCUAAAGCGGCAGGCAAGCCAGGUGUGGCCAGAAGAGCAUGGUGAGCAGGAGCAUGGACUGUAUAGCCUGCACCGCAUGUUUGACAUCGUGGGUACCCACCUGACACACAGAGAUGUGCGUGUUCUUUCCUUCCUCUUUGUUGAUGUCAUUGAUGAUCACGAGCGUGGCCUCAUCCGAAAUGGACGUGAUUUCUUGUUGGCACUGGAGCGCCAGGGUCGCUGUGAUGAGAGUAACUUUCGCCAGGUGCUGCAGCUGCUGCGCAUCAUCACUCGCCAUGACCUGCUGCCCUACGUCACCCUCAAGAGGAGGCAGGCUGUGUGCCCUGAUCUUGUAGACAAGUAUCUGGAGGAGACAUCAAUUCGCUAUGUGACUCCCAGAGCCCUCAGUGAUCCAGAACCAAGGCCCCCCCAACCCCCUAAAACAGUGCCUCCCCACUAUCCUGUGGUGUGCUGCCCUACUUCGGGCCCUCAGAUGUGUAGCAAGCGGCCAGCCAGAGGGAGAGCCAUGCUUGGGAGCCAGAGAAAACGCCGGAAGUCAGUGACACCGGAUCCUAAGGAAAAGCAGACAUGUGAUAUCAGACUGCGAGUUCGGGCUGAAUACUGCCAGCAUGAGACUGCUCUGCAGGGCAACGUCUUCUCUAACAAGCAGGACCCACUUGAGCGCCAGUUUGAGCGCUUUAACCAGGCCAACACCAUUCUCAAGUCCCGGGACCUGGGCUCCAUCAUCUGUGACAUCAAGUUUUCUGAGCUCACCUACCUCGACGCAUUCUGGCGCGACUAUAUCAAUGGCUCAUUAUUAGAAGCACUUAAAGGUGUCUUCAUCACAGACUCCCUCAAGCAGGCCGUGGGCCACGAGGCCAUCAAGCUGCUAGUGAAUGUGGACGAGGAGGACUAUGAGCUGGGCCGACAGAAACUCCUGAGGAACUUGAUGCUGCAAGCAUUGCCCUGACCUUUCCCUGUCUCACCUCUUUGGGGACUGUUCCCACCCACCUCUGGAGCUUACAUACUGUUGUGGGGUUUGUUCUCUACCCUUCCAAUCACACCCCCUGCCUUUUUUUUUUUUUAAGGUAAAAGACAAAGGAAAGUGGAAUUGGUAUCCCUACCCCUCCCUGCACCCAUGUGCUUGGGCUUCCCCUUUGUUUCCCUUUUCCCAGUUACCCCCAAUGUGUGUCUCUACAGCCACCUUACCACUGAGCCGUAAGACAAUUGCGUAGGGAGAAGCAAAGUCUAUAGAACAUAGUCUUUGUAAGGGAUUGAAGUGAACACUGCUUUUGGGUGCAUUGAGGGGUUAUCAAUACUUCUGGCUUUAUGAGGGCUCUUAAAUUUUGUCUGCAAAACCAAAGGGCUGUGAGUAAGGGAGCUGUGUGGAAGGUGGGUCUCUGAAGUGUAUUUUGGAAAUUAAUCACCACCCUCUCCUAAAUUACAGAAUUUUUAAAAAACAAAGAAGCUGUCGCCCUUUCCACUGUCUCCUGGCCUCUGGUGCUCCUCCUCUGCCUCCUUUCCUCCAUUCAUGGCUUCAAACCUCUGCCUGCUGUGGCUCCUUCCUUUUUCCCCUUUAUAAAGUCCUCUUCAAGAAAGUAAUAGAUAAGAGAACUGGGUCAGCCUAGUCAUUCCUCCCAGCUGUGGUGUGUGUGUGUGUACAGACAUACACAGGAUAGAUGGAGAAGAGAUUGCCGAUUAGAAAAAGUACACUCCCCCUGAAAAGGGGAAGGGGGAGUGUGACAUUUUCCUCCCAUGUUCAAGUGGAAAUAAAUAAUGUACCCUGCAGCCCUUUUCCCCUUUGCUUUCUUCUGGCUUGGACAAAGGGCAUUAUAGGUGAAAGUGAAGUAAUUCAGUACCAACUUCUUUCUUUUUUUACUUCCCCAUACUCUUCCCCUAACCCCUUGGGAUUGGGGCUGGGACAAGCACUGAGUGUUGCACUUUUAUUUAGGUAGGGAGGUAUGUUGAAUGAGCCAGGAAGCCUAGAACUGGAGCCAAGUCCAGCAGGUACAAUACCACUUCUCUUUGCAAUUUCCAAAGGAGAUGUCCAAACACAGAUUUUAUGAUUAUUAUAUUUUUUUCAAUGGCAGUGCUGCUCAGACCUUAGAGUAACUCCAGUUUUCAUGAAAUAAACAGUGGCUAUAUAAAAUUCCA